AUGUCCUCUUCAAGCCAACCAGCAGAAUCCUGGAAUUCACCCACAACUUUCACUAUUAAAAACAGAUAUUACUACAUCAAUCGCAAGGCCACAGUGAAGAUAUCAGAGAGCAAAAAGAAUCCGGACAAAUUGUAUUUCUCCUGCUCAAAAUCAUUUUAUUCAGGAUGGGAUGGGUGUGUUGGAACUUUUGCGUCCAUGGGUAACUCUCAUUUUGCCAGGGACUGUAAAAUAGAUGUCUUCCUCCUCAAAUCACAAUUAAAUGCUAUCAGAGAUUCGAUACAGGAUAUAGGUAUCAUGGAUAUCGCAACUGCAAAACUUAGCGGACCAGUAGAAUAUGACACCGGGUGUGAAGCAAAGCAUAGACCGAGAGCCGAGGAGUUAGGAGCCUUUGAUGAAGGAGAGGAAGCAUUGGAAGCCGAAGAUGAGAAUCCUGAUGAUGCUGCAGUUGAAAAAACUGUCACUGGGAUCCCUCCGCUGAUUGGGAAUUUGGCAAAGCUCCGAACUUUGGCCCUCUCUUACAAUGGUCUAAGUGGUCCAAUACCAGAAAGCAUUGGUAAGCUAUCGAAACUUGAGGAAGUGCAUCUAAAUUCUAACAACUUCUCUAGCUCUCUUCCUUCCGGCCUUGGAGAUCUCAGCAGUCUUGGAACAAUGGAUCUUACUUCAAACCAUUUUUCGGGUUCUAUACCUCAUGCUAUUGGAAAUUUGAUGAAUCCGGUGAACUUGUAUCUAGAGAAUAACUUACUAACAGGCUUUAUACCAAAAAGUAUUGGUAACUUGCAGGCACUCCAAGAUCUUAAGCUAUCAAACAAUCUGUUGACUGGGGGAAUUCCGUUUUCCAUUGACAAGUUAAGUUCUUUGCGCUCUAUUUUACCGGGUAAUAAUCAUCUUGCAGGAAGGAUUCCUUCUUUUUUUGGGCAACUGAAGUCACUCGUUACACUGUCCCUUGAGAAUAACCAGCUUGAGGGGCCAGUCCCAUCCAACUUAGGCCAGUUACAAUCAUUGGCAGAGUUAAAUCUUGGUGGGAACAGAUUAUCUGGUAGACUACUAAAAACUAUUGGCCUGCUCCCACUUUUCACCUUAUGCAUCUCGAACAACAUGAUUGAAGGACCACUACCUGUGGAGAUGUCUUCUCUCACGAAUCUUUCAAGACUCUAUCUAUCAUUCAAUCCGCUGAAUCUCUCGUCAAUUCCAACUUGGCUUGUGGAUAUGCCAUCGAUAAACGCGAUUCACUUGGCUGGAUGUGGAAUAGAAGGUGAAAUUCCAAGGCACCUACAAAGUGCUGCAAGCAGACGGGCGGAAUUGGACUUGUGA